AUGACAAGGGCUCCGUGGCGGGCGCUGUUCGCUCUCCUGGGGCUGUGGCCGGGGCUGUGGCUGGGGCCGUGCCCGGGCCUUGCGGGCCCCCCCCGCCCGCGGCCCCCGGACCCCCGCACCGAGCUCGACGCCAUCGUCAGCCUCGCCAAGGCGCUGCUCGGCGACACCAAAGCUUUCCUCGCACUCCUCAAAUCGCGAUUCCCGGCGGAGGGGGAGCAUAAACUGGAUUCGCUGCCCGUGCUCUCCAUGAGCGCCCUGGAGCUCGCCAAUAUCCAGGCUGCGGCGGCUCUGGCCCGGCUGAGCUCGGACCUGCAGCGGUACCGGCGGCACCUGGAGUGGCUGCGCCGAGCGGGGCCCGCGCUGCGCCCGCUGGAGCCGGAGCUGGGAGCGCUGCUGGCGCGCCUGGAGCGCCUGGGGCGGAGCCUCGACCUGCUGCUCUCCCGUUUGAGCCUCCCUCGUCCCAGCCCCCCCCAGACCCCGCUGCCGGCUCCGGGCUCCCCGUGGGCCGCGGUCCGCGCCGGCCACGCCGUGCUCCAGAGCCUCCACCUCUACCUGGACUGGGCAUCGAGGGCCCUGGUGCUGCUCCGCAACAAGCUGUGA